UGUAUGAAAUAUCAGGGAAAAAAGGAGUUUGCAUGAUAGUGUGUCUUUGAAUACGGUAUCAAGUAGUUCAAGUUUCUAGUUAUUCUAAGGUGACUGUGGAGUGUGGUCAACAAAAACAAAGAGCUAUAAAAAUUAUAUAUUAUUUUAUACUUCUUUGACAAAAACAAGUUAUUGUUGGAUCUUGUACCACAUUGUAACUGCACAGAUUAUCUAUAAAUUUACAGAUGAGAUGAUCUAUGAAUUUACAGAUUUUUCGAUCUAAAAAUAUACAGGUAACUGUAUUUAUGCUUUGAAAAAUCAACAUCAUUGCAAGCUGAAGACACUAAUUGUGGAAAGAAAAAGUUCUUUAAUUAUAAAGUAUGGGGAGAAAGAAGAAACAAGCUGGGGGGAGAGAACCUGAUGCUGAAAACCACCUUUCUGUUCUUAGGCCCUUUGCUUGUGGCCUUUGUGAGGAGAAGUUUAUAGACAUGAGAACAUUUUACAAACACUUUAGUGUACAUAAAGAAAUAAACAGUAAACGUUUCCAUAUGUGUAACUCUGACGGUCUAGAACUUUGUACAGAUGAGGAAAGUUCUCGGGAUAAUCAGUUUGUUUGUGAUGUUUGCUAUGUUGCAUUCCCAACAAUUUGUCUACUUCAUAAUCAUAUAGAAGCUACCGAUACAACCGAGUCAUACAAAAUUCUUCUAGAAAACAGAAGAGCAUAUCCUGAACCAGCAGUGUGUAUUAAUACUACAUCGGAUGAUUCAAAAUUGAAAAGUAAAUGCAUUAUAAAACUUGAUAGGUUACCAAUAACACCCGAUGUUGAAGUGAAUGAAAAACAAAGAAUUACUGCAGUCAGUAAUCUUGAAAGUGAUUGUAAGGCUACUGUGGAAAAUAAAAAAGUUGGAACAUUUGAUGAAGCUGUAAAUGAUCACUCUAGACAAAAAACUAAUGGUAGAGUAGAAAGUCAAAUAUUAGAUAUAAACAUGGAAAUUUGUACAGUAAAAUGUGAAGUUGAUGAACUUCAGGAUGAAGAAGGUGAUGAUGAUGAUGCUAAUUUUGAUGAUUUAGGACCUGAGUUGGGGAAUGAAACAUGUGGGCUUCAGGAAGAAAAGUCACCAGAUGAUUCAGUUGAUACCAGAAUGCAUGCUUUAGAUGUAGAACUUCCAAAAGACAUUUCCAUAAAUAUUCAGGUUGCUACAAAAGAAGAGGCAACAGACCAAGAUAUAGAAGGCACUAAAACUGUGAACAAGAAAAAGAGACGAAGCUCCAAUGUUCACUAUAGUAGUAACCAUAAACUAAGGAAAAAACUUAGAAUUCAGAGAGAAAGAUCUAGAAAAAAGAAAUUACCGGUAAAGUCAGCAAUGUGUGAAAUUUGUCAUAGUAGAUACAACUUUGAUGAAAUAGAAGCUCAUAAACUUCAGCAUUUGAAAGAAAUUGGUUGUGAUAUGGAUUUAAGUAGAGAAAAUGAAGAUGGAAACCGUGAAGAGGAACAGCCAAUGAUUAGACCACAGAGAAGGAAGAAUAAAAGCUUUGUCAAGUAUGCUGACAGUGAUGCAGAGUCAGAAGAUGAUUUUCAAGAUGCUGUUAGUGAAAAGAACAAUGGUGUAGAGAAUAAAAGCCUAGAACAAAAGAUUGAAUUGGAUAUUGUAAAGGUAGAAGCGAAUGAAAAUAAUUUAUUAAGUGAAAAUUUUGAAAGUAAAAGGUCAAGUGAAGAAAUAUUAGCUCAAAAAGUGUUUGCUCCAGAUCUUGUUCAAUGUGAUGGUGAAACCAAGGCUUUUGACAUCCAAAAGACUGAGCUUGAAUUGGUACUUGAAGAGGUUAAAACAACAUUAUGUAAAGGAAAAAAGUCUGAAUUCAAGUUUGAUGGCCUCAGUUUUAUUAAAACACCAAAAAGGCUUGUAGUAUUCUGUCCAUUAUGUGGUUUGAAAAUUACUGGUAAUAGAUUUAAUAAACACGUCAGAUCAGAACAUGGUACUAGUGUGUACAAAAAUAGCAAAGAAAUGCUGGAGCAGGUUAAAAUGAUGCAUCUUAGAAGUCAGGAUCUUGAUGUAGAAGAUACUGAAGCAAAAAAGGAGGUCAACAAAUUGAAAGCUGCCUCUGAUAAGCUAAAUGCUUACGCAAAACCAGAGAUGGACCCGACUCAAGUGAAAGAGGCGAAGAGAAGGUUCCGUGAAAAAGAAUUUUAUAGAGAUCAUAUAGAUUAUGACUGGGACUGUGUUCCUAUUAGAACAAGAAAGAAACGAAACAGGCUGAGCUACUAUAAAACUUGCAAAUUAUGUGAUGUUUUGAUUAAAUCAAGUAAAAUGAAACAUCAUUUAGCAGAACAUCUGACUGAGAAAGGGAAGAAAAAAUUUAGUCGGGAGAAUUUAAUAAAGUGCGAAACAUGUGCAAGGUUGUGUACAAAACUGGGAUAUCCUCAGCAUGUAUGUUUCCCAGAGCUUGUUGAGAAGAAACGGAAAACUUUACUAGGAGAAACUGAACUUGAUGGUGAGAAAGAAAAGAGUAAACCUGCAAAAAUUAUUUGCUCUGAAUGUGGAAUGUUGGUUAAAAGACAAAAUAUGAAGACUCACAUGAUUAUGGCACAUUCAGAGGAGAAACCCUAUACUUGUUCAACCUGUGGGAAAAGUUUCAAAUUAGAAGGUACAUUGAACAAACAUAUGAAGAUAGUGCACCUUGCGGAGAGGAAUUUUCACUGUGAUCAGUGUACAAAGGCAUUCACAAGCGCUUCAUCACUAAAGUUUCACUACAUGAUGCAUACAGACGAAAGACGAUUUCAGUGUCCAAAAUGUCCAAAGAAAUUUCGCAAGAUGUACAAUGUUAAAGUUCAUUUGGAAGCUUUGCAUGGAAGUGGGUUGCCAAAAUUUCAGUGCCCACACUGUUCAAGACAAUUGAAAACAAAAUGCGCCUUAACAGAGCAUAUUCAGCGUGUCCACAUGAAGCUGAAAUCUUGGAUUUGUUCGUGGCCUGAUUGCAGUGAACAGUUCUAUAAUGCAAAAAUCCUUAGAAGGCACAUGUGUAGACACACAGGAGAGAAACCAUUGUCCUGUGAUUAUUGUGAGUGUGCCUACGUUCAGCCAACAGAGCUGCUUGCCCACUUGAAGAGCAAACACAACAUACACACUCUACCAUUGUCAAAGAGAACUUCAUUCAAAGUCAAGUCGUAUGAAAGGUAUAUAUUUGAUACAGAUACUAGUGGAAUAGAUGGACAAAAAAUGAAAUCUAUAAUGUUCCAAGCAAGCAAUGCAACCCACGCACAUAGCAGCCCAGUAUAUUAUACCCCUGCAACACAGACUUGUAACAGCCCAGGAGUUAAUAUUCCUACAUUCUCUGCAAAUAGACUCGCCCAAGUUGAUACUGAGACAAAAGCUAACUGCAGUCUAGAAAACAGUUGGACAUCUUCUGGAAGUAUGACGUUACAGAGAGUCGGUGAAUGUUCACAGUAUGCCAACACUCCUAACGGAGCAUCUUACAUGCCAGCGACCAGUGUUAUAUCUGCGAGUUCAUAUGUUGAACACAAUCAAUUGGUGAACGUUCCUUCAUGUUCUGGUGAUGAAACAGGCUUGUAUUUCACACCAGGGGGCAGUAGGAUUGUACCAGCUGAGAGUGAUUUAAAGCCAUUUAUCACAGACAGGUAGGGUUUUAUAGACCAUGCUUGUUUGCAAGCAACUAACGGGUUAAAUAACAUAUAAGCUCUAUUGAACAUGAAUCUUAGUUUUAGCUUUAAAGCUGUAAAAUUAAUGACUUUCCUCGAAAAAUUUGUUUGAUCUUGUGUUUGGGAAGGAUAUUAAAAAUGCCGCAUGCAAACUUUUGAUGCAUGGAAAUAAAAAAGACAUUGUUGCUGUGAUAUUCUGAAAGUUUGAUAAGGGUCCAAUGAUUAAUUGCAUAAAAAGUGCAGUAUUUAAAAAGAAUAUAUCAGAAUGUAUAUUAUUGAAGCUUUGCCUUGAAUAUUUAUGUUUUCAAGUCUUAAAACAAUAAAAUGCCUUCUUCGUUUGGCUGUGUCGUACCAAUUAAAGAUGUCGAAAAUGGUACUAGUAGCCGUGACAUUGUUUCGUAUUAAUUGUACAAAAUAGCACAUAAUAGUACUGCAUUUUUACUGCCACACUUUCAGUUAGUUUCAGAUAAGAACCAUGGUAGUGUUUGGCAAACGUUUUGUUACUUUGUUUUAAAUACUAGUACUAUAUGAGCCAUGCCAUGAGAAAACCAACAUAAUGGCUUUGCUUCCAGCAUGGAUCCAGACCAGCCUGUGCAUCCCCACAUUCUGGUCAGGAUACAUGCUGUUCGCUUUCAAAGCCUGUUGCAAUUAGAGGAACUGUUAGCGAACAGCAUGGAUCCUAACCAGACUGUGCAGAUGCGUAGGCUGGUCUGGAUCCAUGCUGGUCGCAAAGCCACUAUAAUAUUGGUUUUCUCAUUGCACGGCUCAUAUUGCUUUACAGAGCAGCAUGACUGUUACAAGAUUUGACAUACUUUCUACUCACCUUGUACAUGUAUAAUAUAUUUGAAAUUGACAGAUGUAUUUAAAUUUGUAUUUAUUUCGUUUAGUUCUUGAAAAACAACCAACAAGAAACUCUUUGUUCAUUUUUGUUUUAGAAAUUUAAAGAAAAUUUAUACUGAGAAAAUUAAAAACAGAUUGAAUGUAAUGUCUUUGAAUUGAAUAAACAGAUUGAAUAAAA